CAACACUUGAUCCGUCGAGGACAUUUCAUCCGUAAGGGCAUCCAAUCAGCUACAGACAAGUACGAUCCUAAAAGUGAACCGUCUGAAGAUCUCCACGAACCAAGACCAGAAAAAACCUGGUCUUGCGUAAGAGUUAUCAGGAUCUGCCCACGAGAGAGAGAGAGAGAGAGAGAUAGGGAGAGAAUAAGACAUCUUACGCAAUACACCUCUCUCUCUGUGUGAGUGAGGGUUGAUCUUUUGAUCUCGAUCCCCAUGGCAUUGUCUUCUUAAUCUGCACUCCCGAGAUUCUCACCUCAUAACAUCUCCAGACACCCAUCACCACCAUACAGACAACUACACUCGACACGUUUAUCUAGGUUCACUCCUUCACAACAGACCCCACCGAAAAAUGGUCCGAGUCGAAUUAGGCGGCAAACCAAUCAUCGACAUCGACACGGUGCCCGGCGACUCCGGUCGACUCAAGGAACAUGUCCGUCGACGGAUCAGGGGCGGCGGAAGCCGAGCCGUCCACCUCAGUUGGAACACGACGGUGCCUCGGAUCGUCUUGACCAGCGACACGGACGACUUCGACCCGACCGUCAUCUCACACUUCCAACAGGAAGGGUUCCAGCUGAGUUACCUCGCCUACGACGGGAACAAGGCCAACUACACGGCUGCACUGCAGCAUCUGCAGGAUCCCCUCGAACUGGGCGAGAAAUAUGCCAUCGUAGCAUACGGCGACGCGGCAGCUCACGUCCUCGAAGCUUGCAUGAAACCCAUGCCCAAACUGGUGGCCGUCGUCGCAUACUACCCCCCCUACAUGCCACGGUCGACGACCAACUUCCCGCCGACGCUCGGCGUGCUGGUCCACCUGGCCGGUUCACAAAAGUUCGGCACCCGUCACCCGUCGUACCGCUACCCCAACACUCGCCCCGGGUUCGCCGAGCACGACCUCGACGAGUUCGACCGGGUCGCCGCCUCGCUCUCGUGGACGCGCACGCUGGGGCUGCUCCGCGAGGCCUUUGACAUGGGCGGGCCCGACCUCGAGGCGCUCUGGGACCACCACACGCGGCUCGAGUUCGCGGACCGGGACACGGAUAAGACCGUGGCCACCAUGGUGGCUCAACCCCAGCGGCCGCACGUGAACCACGUCCCCACCAUGACGGGAGGGGUCGGGCACGAAGAACUCCACCGCUUCUACGAAGAAUUCUUCAUGGACAACAACCCGUCCGACCUGUCGAUGAGGUUGCUCAGUCGGACCGUGGGAGUCGACCGGGUCGUGGACGAGAUGUUUGUCAGGUUCACGCACACGACCGAGAUACCGUGGAUAUUGCCCGGCGUCCCGCCCACGGAGAAAAAGGUAGAGGUCGUGCUGGUGAGCGUGGUGUGCAUGAGGGGCGGCAAGUUGGUCCACGAACACGUCCACUGGGACCAGGCCUCGGUGUUGGUGCAGGUGGGCCUGAUCGAUCCGAAGCUCAUCCCCGACACGUUCAAGACGGCCGAAAAGGGGAGGGAACAGGAAGUCGAGAGGUUGCCGGUCUGUGGGAGAGAGGCGGCGAGGAAGGUGUUGAACGAAGACAGUUCGAAAAGCAACCAAUUGAUUCCUGAUUGGUAGUAAUAAAGCAGUGACGAGGACGAGGCUUGCCAUUAUCGACAUGUGGGCUCUAAGCCUUGGUAAU